CCCAUUCUCUCAGUCUCCACUGCUCGUCCAGAGUCCAGACUUCACCUGCGAUCAACGCAUAGAGCAACCGCCUGAUCCUUUCAGCGCACUCAACCAGAGAGUUCUCUCGAUACUGUCCAACAACUUCAAACGAACAUAUCUUUUUUGAAAAUCUCUUCGGACUGUAUAAAGGAGAGCCGGGGAUUUCUAGGAUGAAUUUGCUUAUUUGCCUUUUUGGUGCCUCCAUAGCAGCCGCUGUGUUUCAAACAGGGAGCUGUGUGGAGACGGUUAUAGGUCUAUAUGGCGAGACCAUUGAAGUUCCAUGCAAGAUUGGAACUAUCAAGCAAGAUGGCCUUAUUUUCACCAAAUGGAAAUAUGUGAAAGAUGAUGGCUCUCCCGGCGAUCUUCUCGUGAAGCAGGCUCACAAAGAUGAGGCCACCGUGUCCGCCACAGACAGCUACAAAACUAGAGUCAGCAUCAGCGCCAACUCCAGCCUCCUAAUUGCCCAAGGCUCGCUGGUCGACCAGAGAGUUUUCACUUGCAUGGCGGUGUCAUUAACCAACUUAGACGAAUACUCAGUGGAAUUGAAAGUUUACAAAAAACCAUCAGGCCCUGUAAUCAAAAACAAAGCAAAAGGACUGGAAAACGGCAAACUGACGCAGUUGGGGGAAUGUGUAGCGGAGAGUGCCAACCCAGCAGCAGAUCUCAUCUGGAUGAAGAACAAUCAGCCCCUAGUGGAUGACGGCAAAACGAUCAUUAUCACAUCUGCCAUCACCAAGGACCCAGUCACAGCUCUGUCCAGCACAUCUUCCCGUCUGCAGUACACGGCUAGCAAAGAAGACGUAGAAUCACAUUUCACAUGCACGGCAAAGCAUGUGUUGGGCCCUGACCAUAAUUCAGCACCCGAGACCUUCCCAAUCCACUACCCUACUGAGAAGGUGAGUCUACAGGUUGUUUCUCAGAGUCCCAUUAGAGAAGGUGAUAAUGUGACACUGAUAUGCCAGGCGGACGGAAACCCCCCUCCUACCAGCUUCAACUUCAACAUUAAGGGCAAGGUCACGGUGAUGGACAAGAAUGUCUACACUCUGACUGGCGUUACCCGAGCGGACACUGGCAUGUACAAGUGCUCCCUGCUUGACAACGAUGUGUUGGAGUCCACUCAGAUGGUCACAGUGAGCUUUCUGGAUGUAAGCCUCACUCCUACAGGCAAGGUGUUAAAGAAGCUCGGGGAAAAGUUGGAGGUGUCGUUUGAAAAGAACGCCUCUACCGAAGCCAAAGUGACUUGGAAAAAGGGUGACCUUACACUAGACAAACUGCCCGACUUCUCUAACUUGACGUAUAGUGACGCAGGCCUGUAUGUGUGUGACGUGUCCACUGAAGGAAUCAAGCGCAGUUUAUCCUUCGAACUUACUGUAGAAGGUGGUCCCAGAAUUCUGAGACUGACAAAGCAUCGCAGCAAUGAUGGCAAACAUAAGAUCUUGAUGUGUGAGGCAGAAGGUUCACCUAAACCUGAAGUGCAGUGGAGUGUCAAUGGAACUACCGAUGAAUCGGCAUAUCUCGACGGGAAGACCACAUACAAAAUAACCGUGGUGCCCAAUAGGAACCUCACCGUCAGCUGCCAAGUGACCAAUAAACUCGGCCAAGACACGAGGGACAUCAGCGUGUUUUCUCUAUAUGAGGAGCACAAGUCCAAACCAGAAAAAAAUGAAGGCGGCAUGGAGCAGACCAAAGUGAUUGUGGGUGUCAUGGUUGGACUCUUUGUAGCCGUUGCUUUGGUGGGACUCAUCUACUGGCUCUAUAUCAAGAAAACAAGAGAAGGCAGCUGGAAGACCGGAGAGAAGGAGACGGGCACUUCAGAGGAGAGUAAGAAACUGGAGGAGAACAAUCAUAAAGCAGAUGUCUAAAAGAGGAGAGAGCCGUUAAAAAAAGGAGGUGAGGAUAUUUUCUCUUGCAAUUUUACUAUUUCAAAGCUCAGGGCAGGACUGAAAAUUCACACCUGCCAUAACUGGAUGAUGGGUGAUGCAUAAUUU